AAACAUCAAACACUCCCAAUGUCGAAACAACUCUUCCGCCCACUAUUCUCAGCAACAAAAUCCCAUCGAUGCCCCUCUGGUAUAAACGCAGGCGAAGGCGGCGCAAAACCAUCCCAAAUGCUCACUCACACGGACCCACGCGCCGACCACAAAAAACUGCUCAAAGAAGCGAAAAAGGAUCCAGAAUUAUACGUACCAGCAACCUUUGCCCUAGCCGGCUGGUUCGGAGGCCAUCAAUUAGCCCGCUACAAAAUUGCAGAUCGGGAUGAGCGCGAGACCACCAAACUUGCUCACACGGAGCCGUGGAAGGAAGGUGCUGAGGGAAGUGCUGGAAAGUAUAGGUAUACUGAUAGUAGGAGUGGGUAUGUGAAGAUCAAGGAUGCGCCCAAGGCAUUGAACUCUGUGAUUGUGCCUGGAGUGAAUUUACCCAAGAGAUUCAACAAGUGGGGCAAGGAAGAGUUUGAUGAGUAUUAA